GAAGGCCAUAGUGUGACGUAAACGACGAUCUAAACAAGUAUCAGCUGUGUAGCAGUCAUUGUUCGUAUCAUCCGUAUUGGCAGGCGUACAAGAAUCCUGUUUUUUCGUGGAUUUAUUUGCUUUGUUCGGGGAGCGUUGUUCGUAGGUAAAGAAAGAAGUAAGCGCGCGUGUGGAUUUUCUAAACGUAAGGAGGAAAUAAAAAAGGGGGGAGGCGAGAAGAACUUUCCCGUGCAACGUAAUCGUGGCUGCGUGCGUGCUUCAGCCCCAGCCACAGCCCCACCAACGAACUCGAGAGGGACAAUAAUCGUGUGAAAAACGGGGCGGUACGCGCAUAAGCCUGGCCUCGAGCGGCGAGUCGGACGACGGUGGACUCGCUCCGCCACCGCGCAAAAGGUCCCGUAGUUCUCUCCCGGCUACUCUACGACCAGCGGACGAGCACCACUCCAAUCCAGAGAUGGAGAACUAUCGAAUCUCAAGACGUAUCGACGUCGGAUUCCUUUCGUAUGCGCUGUAUCCCCGAGCGGUUUUCUUAUUUAUCCAAAUUCUUCCGUCGAAUUCUUAUUGAUUCUCUCUCUCUUUAAUGCAAACUUAUACGGUUUUCAAAUUUAAUCACACAAAAAAAAGUAAAUAAAUAUAUCAAAAAUAGAAAACAAAAAGAUAGAGAGAGAAGAUAUUACAUGUCAAGAUAAAAAUGUUCCGCUUAGUACGCAUAUGCGUUAGUAUUCCGGACAAGUAUUGCAACCACGGUAACAUUUCCGUGUGCAUAACAGCGUAAUGCAGCAGCAGGCCUCAAACGGUGGAGUUUCUUCUGGGCUGCAACAGAACGGAGCUACGGCUGACACUGGGGGACCACAAGCUAAUGGCAAUGUGAUACCGGAAUCCGAUAAUGACAUCAAUGGUGUGAAUGGGGAAACUAAUCCAAGUUUAGGACCUCCAAAAAUAAUGGACAAAACUAAUCAGGACAUUGUGAGGCUCAUCGGACAACAUUUGAAAACUGUCGGGCUAGACCGCACGGCAGACCUUCUUAUGCAAGAAUCAGGCUGUCGGUUGGACCAUCCAGCAGCUGCAAAGUUUAGACAGCAUGUUAUGGAUGGAGAUUGGAACAAAGCAGAUCAUGAUCUUAACGAAUUAAAGUCCUUUUUAAAUGGUGCAAGUCAAAGCUUGGUGGAAAUGAAAUUCCUACUCUUAGAACAAAAAUAUCUGGAGUACUUGGAGGAAGGCUUAGUUCUAGAAGCUUUACAAGUCUUACGCAAUGAAUUGACACCCCUAGGCCACAAUACAGGCCGUGUUCAUCAAUUGUCAGCAUUUAUGAUGUGUAGCGGGCGUGAUGAAUUACAGACACGUGCAGGCUGGGAUGGUAAAGGUUCAGCUUCCAGGGCAGCACUUAUGGAUAGAUUACAGAGGUAUCUUCCACCUUCCAUUAUGCUGCCACCACGUCGACUUCAUUCAUUACUUUGUCAAGCAGUAGAAAUGCAAAAUCAGCAGUGCACAUACCAUGUAACGCAUAUGCAGACAAGCUUGGAAAAUGUGUCGCUGCUUGUGGACCACAGUUGUAGCAAAGAACAAUUUCCGUGCCAUACCGUACAAUUGCUGAACGAUCAUUGCGACGAAGUUUGGUAUUGCAAAUUCUCUCCCGAUGGUCUCAAAUUAGCCACAGGUUCUAAAGAUAUGACUGUGAUUAUUUGGGAUGUCGAUCCGGAAACCUUAAGAGUAACGCACAGAAAAACCUUGGAAGGACAUACGUAUGGUGUUGCACUUAUAGCUUGGAGUCCAGAUAGUAGUCAUCUUAUUGCCUGUGGUCCUGAAGAUUGUCCAGAAUUGUGGCUUUGGUGCGUGGAUACGCCUGACUGUGAAUUACGUGUUAAAUUAACGCAGAGUACCGAUGAUUCUUUGACAGCCUGUGCUUGGCAUCGAGAUUCGAAUAAAUUUGUUGCUGGAGGACUUCGUGGUCAGUUCUAUCAAUGUGAUAUGGAUGGUAAUGUCUCAGAUUCAUGGGAAGGUGUUAGAGUUAAGUGUUUAUGGUGUAGAAGCGAUGGAAAAACUGUUUUAGCAGCUGAUUCUCAUCAUCGAAUUCGAGGAUAUAAUUUUGACGAAUUAUGUGAUUUUACAAUAUUACAAGAGGAUCACCCUGUCAUGUCCUUUAGUGUAAACAAAGCGGAUAGACUUGCUUUACUUAAUGUGGCUAAUCAAGGAGUACAUUUAUGGGAUUUACAAGAUCGUUGUUUAGUAAGGCGUUUUCAAGGUGUUACCCAAGGACAUUUUACAAUUCAUAGCUGUUUUGGAGGUAUCAAUCAAGAUUUUAUCGCGUCUGGUAGCGAAGACAAUAAAGUGUAUGUAUGGCAUAUCAAGCGAGAGCUCCCCAUAGCAACUUUAACAGGACACAGUCGAACGGUUAAUUGUGUUUCCUGGAAUCCUGUUUAUCAUCAAAUGAUGGCUUCUGUAUCUGAUGAUUGUACAGUAAGGAUAUGGGGACCAAGGUCUUCCUCUCCCGAAAAAGCUGAUAAUGAUAAGACUGCAUCACUAGAAAGUGCAUCCUCAAAUAGCAGUGGCUGGCACGAAAUGGUAUCGUAGCGAAUUACAGCACAUCAAAAUUCCCAUGACUUCAUGGUGUUCAAAAGACUGUUUUACUGAAUGUCAUGCUGACUUUUUCCUGCCCAUUGCAAUUAUCCCUCUGUGCCUCACUAUCAUCAAUUUAUAGACCAUCAAUUAAAUGUGGAGGUAAAUGGGGGAUAUGGACGUUAGCAAUAUCUGCUAACCAAUAAAAUGCUAAUCAGAUAUGUAAAAAUUUGGGAACUUAUGUGUACGUUUCUUUUUGGUUGAUUUACGGAUUUUAUAUAAUAUAUAAUCCGUCUCACUAUAUCUCACAUUGAGCUGUGUGAUUUAUUCAUACGAGGUAAUACUUGAAAAUAAAGAGAGGAGCAUAAUAAAAAAUAAAUAUAAUAUGUUAUGGCAGUAUAGAAACUAAAGAAAUUCCGUCUUAGAAUUAGUAUAAGGGUGAAGGUUUAUAUGCAUGAAUAAAGAAAUUACGAAGAGAGCAACCAUUUGGUCACACUGUUUUGACAAGGAUUAUGUGAAAUCUGUUUAAUCAUGCUAAUAAAACACAUUGUAAAUAACAAUCGUACGUGUAGUGAAUCUCUAACUCGUUUUGUAUUUCAUCAGUGGAAAAGACAAGAUCUAUGUUUCUAGCAUACAAACCGAACUUGACGUCUUAUAUCGAACGAGAAUGCUUCAUGUGAUAUGCUGUUAAUCUUGAAAGGUUACUAGAUGAUUAAAUAUAGUAAACACAGAAAAUAAGAGAAAAGAAUUUCGAACUUUGUAUAUUGCCAUGCGAUAAAAGAAAUAAAUACAAGUUUUAUAAUUAUAAUUUUGUUGAAUAGAAGAAACUUGGAGUGCAAAGAUGAAAAUUUUACAAGUUUAUCUCUAUGAUUUUAAUACACAAAAUCGAGUUUAUAAGUAAACAUUGUAUAAUUACGUUUGUAUGUUUGUCUUUUAACUGCCACAUUUUCAGAAUAAAAACUCGAUUCAAAUUUCAAUUUAAUGUAUUAAAUAUCUCCAAGGCACGAUAAACAUUUUAUGCAUGACCUCAUAUCCUAUAAAAAUCAUUUUUAUAAACAUACCAUUUGGUUUUAAUAGUAAAAAAAAAUAUUUUGCUGUAUUAAAAAAAAAAAAAAAAAAAAAAAAAAAAGAAGAGAGAAAAAAAAAGAUCCCAGUUUUUAAUCCAUAUUAAAUGUAUCUAAUCGGUAAGAAUUUUUAAUGGCAGUUAUGGGACGAAUUGUUAAAAUCUUUAUUUUUCUAUUAUAAGGUGUCAAUAUCAAUGAAACUGAUAUUUGUUAAAAAAUGAUGUAAGCAUAAUGCAGAAGAUAUGUCAAUGCGUAUCAAGCUUUGAAUAUCUGUCUGUAAAUGCUGCUCAUAAUGUCCCUUGCAUCUUAACUUUGCUUUGCAUGCAAAAAAAAGAUUGCUAACAUACUUUACUAUAAUAUACAUGCUACUUAAAAAAAAAAGCAAGAAAAAAAUAAAAAAAAUAAAAAAAACAAAGAAAUUUAAUUUUGCACACAGAAAGUGAAAAGAUCUUCUAAUCAUCCUGAAGUGUAUGUAUAAAAGUGCUUACUUUCAUAGUAAAUAUUAU